GUCGCGUUCGUCGGGUCGUGUCCAUCUGCUUAUAAGUGAGGAGUCUGCCGGGACAGCGGACACACAUCCACCAAGGCGGAGGAACGUAGCGGAGCGAACAUCCCCAAACCAGCCGCGAUGCCUCACUCCUUGUUCCCCCUGUGCGUCCUGGGACUCCUCGCCAUCUCAUCCGCCUGUUACAUCCAGAACUGCCCCCGUGGAGGGAAACGAGCGCUCCCCGAGACCGGCAUCAGACAGUGCAUGUCUUGUGGCCCCGGAGACAGGGGCCGCUGCUUCGGCCCCAGUAUCUGCUGCGGGGAGGGCCUCGGCUGCCUGCUGGGCUCCUCGGAAAUGGCUAACUGCGUGGAUGAGACCUACCUGCUCACCCCGUGCCAGGCGGGAGAGAGGCCCUGUGGAUCCAACGGAGGUCGCUGUGCCGCUUCGGGGCUCUGCUGUAACUCGGAGAGCUGUGCGGUGGACCCUGAGUGUCUUGGUCAGAUCGAGGCCUCUGAUCAGGCCCGCGGCUCAGCAGGGAGCUCGGCUGCAGAGUUGCUGCUGCGCCUGCUGCACGUGGCCACCAGGGGGCAGGCUGAGCACUGAUGCUCUCUCUGUGGAGCCUCCCCCCCUGCCUUCCCUGGGCCCCUGCAACAGAAGGAAGAUCAUACCACCCCGUUCCACCACAAGCCUUGAAAUUUGAGCCAUGAAUCUAUGUUAUGCCAAAAAAACGUCCUCUCUUAACCCCUGCUGCCAUGAUGUGUGUGUGUGUCUCUAAAGUCAGUGAGAGCAAGGCCUAUCUUUCAAUUAAGUCAUUUUCUGUUUCCAUCCACAUCCUAAUGGAGACGGAGAUUGCUUAUGAAAAGUAGAUUUCAUAUUCGCUGUUGAAUGUAUAUACUGUAAACACAACUGUAAUUUGAGAGGAUGAAACACACUUCAAAGCUCCAUUUAAAAUUUGAAUGAUAGCAGAAAACUCUGUAAAUAAGUCAGAUUUGAGGUUACAGACAUCCAUGUGAAACAGCUCAAUGUCGAUUCUAAAGCAGUUCAUUCUAUUGUAGUUGACAUAUUAUUGUUCAUUUAAAAUAGAAACAAUACAGAAUAUCAAUACAAAAAAACCCUACGGUCUUUUCAUUAUUCCCACGUUUAACAUAAUUACACCUCUAACCGACAUUCAUUACUUACUUUCCCAUUUUCCUCUAUUAAUGUCCAUGAAAUGAAUUUAGCAGAUGUCACUUGAAACCUCACAUAUCUCGGCCGUGUGUCAACGUGUUGAGUAAUUGAAUGAAGGAGGAUUCUGAUUGUCACGUUUCUUUGUGCGGUGAUUGAAAGGUGUUGUGUCUGCCCGUUUAACGUUUAACCGUGGACCUGUUAUGACUCACGCACUACCUGUAUGGCGCUUCAGCAGGGCUUGAUCUUGAUGUUUAUUCAAAUCUUUUAAACCUCACUGAUGCAUCGCAUGACACCUUGUCCGUGUUGCGUGAAUGAUGCAUAUUGUAAAUCUGUAUUGAUUUACAUGAUUCAUUAGACCUCACCUAUUUUGAGCCCU